GGAAGGAGAUAGAAGGGGAGGGGAGGGGAUGGCGGGGCAGUCGCGGAAGUGGAUGGUGGUGGUGGCGACGAUGUGGAUACAGGCGCUGACGGGUACCAACUUCGACUUCUCGGCGUACUCGUCGGCGCUGAAGGAGGCGAUGGGGAUAUCGCAGGUGCAGCUCAACUACCUGGCCACCGCCUCCGACCUCGGCAAGGCCUUGGGCUGGUCCUCCGGCCUCGCCCUCCUCUACCUCCCUCUCCACGCCAUCCUCCUCCUCGCCGCCGCCCUCGGCCUCGCCUCCUACGCCACCCAGUGGCUGCUCAUCACCCACAAAAUAUCCCUCCCCUACCUCCCCGUAUUUCUGCUGUGUCUUCUGGCGGGGUGCAGCAUCUGCUGGUUCAACACGGUGUGCUUCGUGCUGUGCAUCCGCAACUUCCCCCUCAACCGCUCCCUGGCCCUCUCCCUCUCCAUCAGCUUCAACGGCGUCAGCGCCGCCAUCUACGCCCUCGUGGCCGACGCCCUCGGCGGCUGCUCCCCCUCUGCCUACCUCCUCCUCAACGCCACCCUCCCUCUCCUCGUCUCCACCGCCGCUCUCCUCCCCAUCCUCCGCCAGCCCCCCGACGACCUCGUCCUCCUCCCUGCCGACGCCGCCAAGGGCGACACCCGCCUCUUCCUCGUCCUACACCUCCUCGCAUUCCUCACGGGCGUGUACCUCCUCCUCCUUGACUCCGUCUCCGCGGACGACCCCGUCGUCUCUGCAGCCAUCCUCGCGGGCGCCAUCGCCCUCCUCGCCCUCCCUCUCGCCAUCCCUGGCGUGGUGUGCGCGCGCGCUUGGGCCCACCGCACCAUCUACUCCGCCUUAAGCCUCAAUGUCCCUGACUUCUCUCUCAAUCCCAACCGCGCCGACGAUGAGCUCACCAAGGAGCUCACCAUCGGCCGCGACGAAAGAGACAUGGACGGGGAGGACGCUGGCACCCGCGUCGGCAACGGCCCGGUGUCAGCAGCGGUGGGGGAGGAGAGGGAGAUAGUAGCAUCACGGCGGGGGAAGAGGGGGUGGUGGUGGUGCUGCGGUGGGAUGGUGUUGAAUAAGGAUCGGCUGGCGGUGCUGGGGGAGGAACACAGCGCGCGGAGGCUGAUAAGGCGGGUGGAUUUCUGGCUGUACUACGCGGCCUACUUCUUCGGCCCCACGGUCGGCUUGGUGUACAGCAACAAUCUGGGACAGAUCGCCGAGUCCUUGGGGAGGGAUUCUCAGGUCACCAUGCUCCUCACAGUCUACUCUUCCUGCUCCUUCUUCGGCCGCCUUCUCUCAGCCGCCCCCGAUUUCCUACGCGGGAAGCUGUACUUUGCUAGGACGGGCUGGCUCGCGGCUGCAGUGGUGCUGAUGCCUGUCGCCUUCUUUCUCCUAGCGGAGCUGGAUGACGCCGGAUGCGCCCUGGUGAUCGGCACAGCGCUCGUGGGGCUGAGCUCCGGCUUCAUCAUUGCGGCGGCCGUGACGGUCACGUCGGAGCUGUUCGGCACCGAAAGCGUGGGGGUCAACCACAACAUUCUCAUCACCAACAUCCCCUUAGGCUCCCUCCUCUACGGCCAGAUAGCGGCGCUGGUCUACGACGCGAACGGCCAAGCAACACUCUGGCACGCUUUAUUCAAGAGCGACUUAAGUACGAUAGUUUGCAUGGGGAAGAAGUGCUACGCCAACACAUUCCUCAUGUUGGGCUGCAUUACGAUGCUGGGGUUUCUCUGUAGUGUCGCUCUGUUUUUCCGGACGAAGUCGGCGUACGACGAGGCCGAGCGAAGGCGAGCUUUGGUGGACGGUGAUCGAGAUUAAUUAGGACUAAUUCAUUAAUUUGUCGAUCGAUUUCUUGGAUCAUUUCAGAUCAGAAGCAAAUGAGCUGAACCUAGCUAUAGCUAAAGUAUAUAAUUGAUCAUAUCAGAUUGGAAAAUGAUUAUUUCAAAACUGAUUAAGAUAAUAUUUGAAAAAUGUUAUUGGUAUCGAGUAAA